AUAAGCUAUAGUUCUACUUUUAGGACCAAACGGGUGAAUGUAGAGGCGAGGCUCUUUCAACUGCGAAUUCUAUACAUCCUAUACAGGACCAAAGACCCACAAAAUAAGAUGUGUUUGCACUUGCUCUGUCUGACCCAGGCUGCCAGCCCUGAAAUGAGGAGAAAUGUUCCCUCAGAGGGGACAGUGUCAUUUGAAGACGUGGCUGUCAACUUCACGUGGCAGGAGUGGUGGUACCUGAGUGAAGCUCAGAGGACCCUGUACUGGGAUGUGAUGAUGGAGACCUGCAGUCACCUGGUGUCCCUAGGGCAUUGUGUUACCGAUCCUGAGGAGAGCAUCAGGUCGGAGCAGGGAUUACAGCCGUGGACUGUGGACGAUCCCCCAAACCAGGACCUCUCAGAUGUCCAUACUGUGGAUCACCUGACUCAGGACAGCCGUGCAAAUCAGGGCAGACAUGUGUGGCAAGUUCUUACCGCCAGCAGCAAAAUACCAUCCAGCGAGAGAACUGACUUAAUGGAAAAAAGCAAUGUGGACUCAAUUCAUUGUUUGAACCAUAGUAUCAAAAAUGAAAGCAAUUCAGCAAUGAUGCCUGAGAACUUUACUAUACAUAGGACCAUGAUGAUCCCUGGUGAGGCUCAAGAAGAGCAUGCUGGAGAGAAUAAGGAGGUCUUUAGUAGAAUGAGGGAACCCAUCAAGUAUCCUGAGCACCUUAGUCACCAGGUGAUUCAGACCUUUCAACAGCCUUUUGAAUUUUGUGAACAAGGAAAAGUUGUGAGUGUAGAAACAAUUUUUACACCUAAAGGAGCCCUUCCAGAAGGGGCUGCCCGUAAAUGCAAUGAGUGCAGGGACAUCCGUGAUGAGGCACCUUUCGUUGUCCGAGACAGAACCCAAGGAGGACAGACUCCCUACAGUUGUAAUGAAAAGGGGAGAGCUGCGGAUAUGACUCCAGUGCAUUUGAAUCCUAGGUAUGUUGAACAUGAGCAGCAGGAAUGUUAUGAAAGUGGGGCCAGUCUCAGCAACACAUUUCACACCUAUCAGCGUGAGAGUACCCAGUUAGGAAAGAAUAAUUUUGGAUAUAAGAGAUAUGGUGAAGCGGCCUCUAAAACCUCUGUUCUGACUGAACAUCAGAAAACAAAAGCAGACGAUCAACCUGAUGAGUGUGGGGGCACCUCUGAGAUUUCCUUCCAGAGGGGAUACCAGAGAAAUCUCACUGCAGUGAAGUUGUUUGGCUCUAACGAUUAUGUGAAAACUUACUCAUGGAAGACUGCCCUCACUUUACAUCUACAAUCUCAAACAGGAGUGAAGCGCUACCUGUGUCAGGUAUGUAAGAAAACUUUCAGGUGGAAAUCUGCUUUUAGUGUCCAUCAGAGAACUCACAUAAGGGAGAAACCCUAUGAAUGUGAGGUGUGCAGGAAAGUGUUCUCCUGUAAGUCAGUUCUUGUUCUACAUGAGAGGACUCACAGUGGAGAGAAACCCUAUGAUUGUGAAGAGUGUGGGAAAGCUUUUUCCAGUAAGUCAUCCCUCAGUCACCAUCAGAGAAGUCACACUGGAGAGAAACCCUAUGAAUGUGAAAGGUGUGGGAAAGAUUUUUCCAGGAAGUCUUACCUCAGUGAGCAUCAGAGAAUUCACAGUGGAGAGAAGCCUUAUGAAUGUCAAGAGUGUGGGAAGACUUUCCCCUGGAAAUCAUCCCUCAGUUACCACCAGAAAAUUCACACUGGAGAGAAACCCUAUGAAUGUGGAGGGUGUGGAAAAGCUUUUUCCAGUAAGUCUUACCUCAUUCAGCAUCAGAGAAUUCACACUGGAGAGAAGCCUUAUGAAUGUCAAGGGUACAGGAAGACUUUCCACCAGAAAUCAUCCCUCACUGAACAUCAGAGCAGUCACACUGGUGAGAAACACUGUGAUUGUGAAGGGUGUGGGAAAGCUUUUUCUAGUAAGGCAAACCUUAUUAGACAUCAGAGAAGUCACACUGGAGAGAAACCCUUUGAUUGUGAAGGGUGUGGGAAAGCUUUUUCUAGUAAGGCAAACCUUAUUAGACAUCAGAUAAGUCACACUGGAGAGAAACCCUUUGAUUGUGAAGGGUGUGGGAAAGCUUUUUCUAGUAAGGCAAACCUUAUUAGACAUCAGAGAAGUCACACUGGAGAGAAACCCUUUGAUUGUGAAGGGUGUGGGAAAGCUUUUUCUAGUAAGGCAAACCUUAUUACACAUCAGAGAAUUCACACUGGAGAGAAACCCUAUCAAUGUGAAGGGUGUGGGAAAGCUUUUUCCAGUAAGUCAUCCCUCAGUCACCAUCAGAGAAGUCACACUGGAGAGAAGCCUUAUGAAUGUCAAGAGUGUAGGAAGACUUUCCUCUGGAAAUCAUCCCUCAGUAAACAUCAGAGAAUUCACACUGGAGAGAAGUCUUAUGAAUGUCAAGAGUGUAGGAAGACUUUCCCCUGGAAAUCAUCCCUCAGUGAACAUCAGAGAAUUCACACUGGAGAGAAACCCUAUGAUUGUGAAGGGUGUGGGAAAGCUUUUUCUAGUAAGUCACACCUCAUUAGACAUCAGAGAAGUCACACUGGAGAGAAAACCUUUGAUUGUGAAGGGUGUGGGAAAGCUUUUUCUAGUAAGCCACACCUCAUUACACAUCAGAGAAUUCAUUCACAGUGGAGAGAAAUCCUAUGAGUGUCAAGAAUGUGGGAAGGCUUUCCGCCAGAAAUCAUCCCUCAGUAAACAUCAGAGAAGUCACAGUGGAGAGAAGCCUUAUGAGUGUCAAGUGUGGGAAAACUUUUUCCAGUAAGCAAGCUCUCACUGGACAUCAGAGAUGUCACUGGACAAAAUCCCUAUGAUUGUGAAGAGUGGGAAAACUUUUCAGGAAGUCAGCCCUCACUAGGCAUGACAAACUCCACACUGGAGGGAAAUGCUAUGAAUGUCAAGAGUGCGCAGGCAGGCCUCCCCUGGUGGUGCAGGUGGUUGAGCGCAGCGCUGUGAAGCUGUCCGUGGCCUUUGCGGUGGGAGUUUGAUUCCCUGGCCGGCCAGGAGCAACCCCAUGGUGCGGCAGAGCUCUCCUGUCUCACCUGCUACGUGUAUUUCAGCAGUGUAUUUCGGUCAGUCUGCCUGUUCUGUUCCCCGCUCUGUCUCUUGUGCAUCCUCUCACCCUCCCACACAUCUGGCCUGUACCCUGGUUCUUGUAUGCUUGAAUAAAUAAAAAUCUUUUAAAAACUAUUCAAACUUCAUGCAGCUGAGAGCAAUGGGAACUGACAUACAGUUUCAAUCCUAAUUGCGUGGAAUUACCUGGUUCACUCUGUUCUCCCAAGUUCAUGCAGUGAUGAUGUCACUGUUCCUGUGCUGUUGC